AUGCUGCUACAACCUCGCCCCGUCGCCCUGUCGCUCAGACAGGCCUGUUUAUACAAUGCUUGCCGACCACGGCUGAGCCGAUUUGUAGGAGCGCAGCCCCGCUAUCAAUGUUUCUCGAAGUCCGCAUAUCGCCUUGACGUCGCAAAGGCCGCCGACGCUGCUGUACCACUACGAAAGCAGUUGAAAGAGGAGGCAAAGCAACGCAAAAAGUCUGCCAAAGCAGCUGCAAACUCGGCGCAUGGGAACAAACGACUCAAUCCACUACUGGAGAAGUGGGAGUUGACAGUCGGUAUCGAGGUGCAUGCCGAAUUGAAUACCGCCCACAAGCUCUUCUCGACUGCUCGCACCUCUGUCAAUGCAGAGCCAAAUGAACAUGUUGCUCGUUUCGAUGCUGCUCUACCGGGAGCUCAGCCAGCGUUCCAGAAGGCUACGCUCAUUCCAGCUUUGCGUGCUGCUCUGGCCAUGAAUUGCGACAUACAACCUCGUAGUAGCUUCGAUCGCAAGCACUACUUCUACCAGGAUCAGCCCAAUGGUUAUCAAAUCACCCAAUACUAUGAACCAUUCGCUCGAAACGGAUCCCUGAUUUUGACCCUGGAGGAUGGUAUCGACCCAAAUGACAUCGCCGAGCCCAAAGGAAGUGCACAAAACACAAGUCUUACAAUCGGUAUCAAGCAAAUACAGAUGGAACAAGAUACAGCCAAGACAGCUCUACAACCUCCCUCGACCUACCUUCUGGACUUCAAUCGUGUCUCGCAUCCUCUGAUCGAAAUCAUCACCCUACCACAGAUCCAUUCACCAGCCACCGCUGCUGCCACUGUUCGCAAAAUCCAAUCGCUGCUCAAAUCAGUCGACUCAUGUGUUGCUGGUAUGGAGAUGGGUGGUCUAAGAGCCGAUGUCAAUGUCAGUGUCAGACAACGAGGAUCUACUGGCGACAAUGAGUACUCUGGUGUCACUGGCCUGGGCACAAGAACUGAGAUCAAGAAUUUGAGUUCCUUCAAGGCUGUCGAAGAUGCUGUCACCGCUGAGCGAGAUCGUCAAAUAAAGGUUCUCGAGGCUGGCGGCGUGAUCGAGGGUGAGACCAGGGGUUGGACGAUCGGAAGCACAGAGACGACUCGUCUCAGAAGCAAAGAAGGAGAAGUCGACUACCGAUAUAUGCCGGAUCCUGACCUACCUCCGGUUUUGAUCUCAAUUGAUCUCAUCAAUCACCUUCGGGAGACUCUGCCAGAAUUGCCAGAGUCGACAAUAUCAAGGACACUUGACGAUUUCGGCCUCUCGACGAAGGACGCGAAGACUCUGUUUUCCUUGGACGAUGGCGAGAGACUGGAGUACUGUGCCGAGACGAUAGACUUGGUCCAGCAGCAGCUUCCAGCCCAGGACGCCAAGAUCGGCAAACUAGUUGCCAACUGGGUGUUGCAUGAGAUCGGUGGUCUACUCGCUUCAGAUGGGCGUGAGUGGCCGGACCUUACUAUCACCACGGAGGAGCUUGCAUCUCUCCUGGCAAACCUUCUGUCGAAACAAAUCACUGCUCGUGUUGGCAAGCAGAUCCUGCAGCAGCUCUACGAAGAGGACGCCGGAGACAGGAUGUCUGUUGAUGCUCGGAUUGACGAAGGAAACCUUCGUCUCCGUCCAAUUAGCAGAGAUGAAUACGUCGAGCUUGCCCAAUCUAUCAUGGACGAGAAUCCUGAGAUGGUCAGCGCCGUUCGAGACAAGGGACAAAAGGGCAAGACUAUGUGGUUCGUCGGUCAGAUGGUCAGAAGAGCAGAAGAGGGUACAGUGGAAGCAGAAAAAGCAAAGGAGAUUAUCGAGGAGCUUCUGUUUCCAUGA